ACACCAGACCACGGCCCUAAGGGAUUUAUUUGUAUUGUCACUCGGUACAGUAUCAUCGUAGCUGGCUGGCUGGCUCGUGGCUAUGGCCGCUCCGAGCUUAUGAAUAUUGCCACCCACUCUCGCCUCUCCCCUGCGGCAACAAAGCUUCUUUAGGGUUUCCCCUCGUAGCUUGCAUUGUAAACAUCGUGUGCAUAUCUCCCACACUCCGUCGGUCGGUCUGGAGUGUAGUGACAUCGGUGUUGGAAUCGGCAUCUCGUUUAUUUUUAUUUUUAUUUUUGUGUCGUGUGCUUGAUUGGUUUAGUUGGUGCUUGGAAGGCGCGGAGUGGCGGAGAGAGGUGAGCGGAUUCGCGUGGAUUGUUCCGAGGGUGCGUUAGUUUAGAGGAAAGGGAUAAUCGAAUCCCCAAGGCUUUGGGGUGGAUGGUGUGACGGAAAGCGGUGGAGGUUGGGGGAACGGGAGGGGAGCGGGGGGCAUGAGGGAUGGGGACGCUGAAGAAGUUGGUAGAGGUGUUGCAGCUGCCCGGGGGGUUGUUGCAAGAGCGGUUGAAGGACGAGGAGGUGCAGGCAGGGUUAGUGGAGCUUCUGGCUGUGUUGAGGCUAGGGUUGAAUGUGGAUGUGCAAGGGGCAGGGUUGUGGCAGUGGAAUAAGGAGCAGGUGGAUUAUGUUUUGGCAAUCGCCGAUGCCGUGCUGUGUGCUUCGUGUGAUUGGAUCGCAGAUGGAGGAGACAAAGCGCUCGUAGAGCAGUUCUACAGAGCUACUGUUCAGUUCUGUUUGCAGGAGCUUGAGUACAGCGUGUCGAAGCUCCAUGGAAACACUCAUGAUUUUCUAUUGUUGCACUCCGAGGAGACUGAUGCCGACAAGUUGUCCAGAACUGGUGGUUCUGCGUACCCCGAGGUGCAACAGAGGCUACUUUUACUCCUGGAGACCGCCGUAGUUGAAGGAAAGGCAAAGGAGCGUAAUUCGCAUGUAUCCCGAUCGCUGGACAAUGCUACCACCGAAGUACCUUUCUUUGAUCUACCUAUUCCUAGUUUCUCUGGAAAUAGCUCAACCUAUGUCAUGGAGCAACCCUCUGGAGAAGGGGAUCUUUCUGGAGACCAGAAGGCGGUAGGCCCAUCGCAGAAUAUACUUUCAUUGUUGGCUAGCGAGCAUGAGCUGAGCAGAAGUUCUCAGGCUGAGCAUUCACAAGUUUUGUUCAAGACAGGGACUAGCAUGGUGGCUGCAGCGCAGCUGUAUGCUUUUGGGCAGGCUAGAUGCAUUCCACGCUUGUUGGAGGUGUGUCAAGAAUUGCUGUUGGAUUGUGGGAAGGUUUCCAACGAAGAGGGUGACAGGUUAUUGCAGGGCAGGAUAGCUCUUGUGUCUAGUAUAGCAAAUCUUUUGUUAAAUCUUCUCAGAGGUUACGGUGGAGGUUUUUGGGACGCGGAGGUUGGCACUAAGUUAGUGAAUUAUGCUUCAACUUUGCGAGUUUUUUUCCAGCAUACUUAUGAACUGAGUAGCUCGGAGCCUGAGAUGAUGCUGGAUUCCAAUCAAGGCAGUUCGCUUCCUUCUUUGAUAGAUAGUUUGCUCCAGCUUUCUGAAGUAAUUUUCCCAGAUGAGAUUGUCCUGCGAAAUUUCAAGAUAUUUAUCGUGGCAUCGUUGCUCGACAUUCUUGAAGUUAGUCGUUUUAAGCAGCAUGGUUCUCUUUCCGGGCAACAACUACCAUUGGCGUUCACUCCACAUGUAAUUAGCCACUUACUAGGUCUUCUUCAAGGUAUUCCAACCCACUCCUUUGGCAUGUUUUACCAGCAACCAAGACCACCUGCAGUGAAUCUCAUCCAAGGUCGAAGUGGAAGAUUUAUCCAAGGUUUACCUAUCUGUGAGCUUCAUAACAAAAAAUUCGACUUUAAUCAGAUGCUUAGUCCGCAAGAGCAGUUGCAGGUUGUGUUUCCAAGUGAAGGUCAGUGGCUGGACAACCUAGUGGCUGUGACAGCCUUGUUUCACGCCCAAGGUCUGAAAGAGGGAUCAGUCAUGGAAACUGCUUCGUCCGUGCACAGUGAAGAGGAUUCUGCAGUGGGAUCAGUGGAUUCUGUUACUGUCGCAAGCGAAGAUGACGCGCUGUUUGGUGAUCUUUUCUCUGAAUCUGGAAGGCAUUCGAUCACUUCAGAGGGACUUGCGCAAACUUGUGCCUCAACGAAGAAGUUAGAUGCCCUUCACAGUACUCCAUUGCAAGUGGCGAAUUUGUUGUUGAGCUUUUUGAAAGAUUGUAUCUUCUGUCCCGAGUGGCACCAACCAACAUUUGCUGUCGCGUGUAAGAUGCUGUCGAAGGAACAUUUGGAUGUUUUCCUGCAGAUUUAUCUUUCCCAAUCUAGUCUGGUGAACUGCAACGCACUUGAUUUCGACAUGGUGGACUCUGAAGAUAUUGCUUCUGAUUUAUUGGCUCAGUUAUACAAGGGAUCAUUUGAUCUACUUUGUACCCUCGUGGUCAGGCAUGCUCUAAACGAUGCAUUGGAGUUGCAUCUUGCCACUCAGAUAUUGAGGGGAGGCGAUGCAUCUAUUGCUCUUUCAGCCAAGAGCUGCAGUUUGUUUGGAAAACUACUUGUUCAGCGAUCAAUUCAAAGAGGUUCUGUUGUCCAGAACGAUCCCCUAGCCUUUGAGUUUUGGAAGACAUUUCUGGAUUAUGUUCUUUUUAGAACUCGGAGCAUCAGAUCUGGUGAUUUUAAUAUCACUAAGGCCUUGCCUUCCUUUUUCCAUAUGGAACUUCUCUUUAUGGCCUUCCAUUCGCUGGAUAAUUCUGGAAGAUCUCUUAUAUUACGAAACUUAGUGGUUGCCUUAAGGUCUCUUCGGAACACUGAGAGGCAUCUAUCUCCUGGUAUACCAUUUUUAAUGUGGUCCCUGCUAGUGUCAAGGUUGAUGUUGGCAUUGCGUUAUUUGGUUCUCCAUUUUGACUCCUACCCUCGGUGGCUGGUGGUGCACUUGCGUCGGAAGGUGCACGGUAAUCUUUCAGGUACUAGCUCGAUUGGAGCUGGAGAUGAUAAUCCUCAACAGUCAUGGGUAGGUCUUGUUGCGCGAAAUAUAUUUGAAGAUUACGGCGCCGGGGAGGAGCGUGUGAUGGAUGACUUCUGUAUACAACAGCUUGUCGAUAUAAAUGGGCUUUUGAACGUCGAUGCGUUUCAAGUUACAGAUUUGGAUAUGAACGAAGUCGGCCAAGUGAUUAGUGAUAUUUUGGGUAUGUGGAAGGGCAGGUCCUUCAAAAUCGUUGAAGAGCUGAUGAUUGAAAGGUAUGUGUAUGUAAUUGGUUGGAGCACAAUAUGCUGCUUAAGCCCUCUACUGAAGCGUGUUGCAGCAGUGGAGUUGAACGCGGAUCAUUUAGGAUCGGAGGUUUUACUGAACCUACCCAGAAGCCUACCCAUAGCAGGUGUUGGUGGAAUAAAUUUUGUUGCAGAUCAGUGGGCGGGAUUUUUGACACGCAGCCUGAGUGCUAUGCGGACCCUUCUCUGUGAAGGACAGGUUAAACUUCUAUCGUGGGAUUUACUGAGACACAGUUCUUCGUUGACUGUGCUGCUGUCACUACUGCAAGCCGGAGGGACAACUUCAAUAGAAAGUAAUGCCUCAGAGGAUAAGGCCUCUAAAGAGUCCGAGCUACCGACCUUUUUCGAACAGGCAACGGACUUCCUGUCAAAAGAUGGUCAUAUAGGCAACCUCUUGAAAACCCUGUCUGUUUUGCUGGAUUGGUACGCGAAUGUUCUGCGAGAUGCAGUGUCACACAUUCUACUGGAGCAGCAAUUGGGCAAGGUAUCUCUGUUCUCGGCUGAUUUGCUCUUGCAAGGAGGGUUGUCAAGGAGUGAGCAACAGGAUCUUCUAGGGGCUUUGGGUGUUAAUGUCACAAUUUCGCAUAUUCUUCCUAAAUGGAGUGCAGAAAAUACGUGGAUAUCUGAGCCUCUGACACUCUCCUUGGGACCCAUCAUGGAGAAAUCGAAGGGUUUUAAAACGAUUUUUUCCCUCCCUCUACAUCAUGGGUUUCCAUUAUCUUCUCGGCCAGGCAGCGCUGCUGUUCUGUCCGCGAUGUUAUGUAUUGAGGAGAUUUUGGGCUCAAUUCAAGUACUCAUUCAUGCUGGGAACCGUGGUGGAGGUUCCGAUGAAAUUUUUUCGCUGGACGGGGUCUUGGAUGGACUGUUGAAUACACUUUUGAAAAUGAAAAUUGACAGCACUUUUGAAAAUAUGCAAAGCAAGUGUGCCGUUUUACUGGAUGCCCUAGUGCCCGUUAAAGAAGAACAAGCUUUGUGCAGUGACUUGAAUGAGCUGAAGCAUGCACAGAAACUCCUACAACUCCUUUGCAAGAGGAAAGACGAAGUCAAUGACACUGUUUGGGAGGCCCUUGUUCUGCAUGUGCUUGAAGUUCAUAACAACAUUCGCAGUGAUCCUUCCAGACUCGAGGCGUUACUUCUAUUUUACUGCAAACCGCAAUCAGUCGGCGCCGAGGAGGAAAAGUUCAAGACUUUGCGUAAUUGCAGAGCUCUUGUGGGUUCAGGAGAUGCGUCACUCCUUAUAGAUAUUCUGGAUGGCUGUAUCUCUGAAAGAGUGAACGUUAAAUCAUUACAACUUCUUGUUGUCUUACUUGGAUAUGACCUCAGGUGUAAGAUGGAUGUGCAGCAAAAGUUUGCGCAGAUGGAUACCGUCAGGUUAGCUGGGUGGUUAGAACAAAGGCUCCUCGGCUGGAUUGGGAGUGCCGCUGAGGACAAGACAGUGAGGUUGACAGCACCUUCUGGUGUUAGGGAUCUGGCUUCCAGUUUUAUACAAUCUCUUGUGGCUAUUUCACCUGACGCGCAGGGACAAAGACUACGUUCUCAUUUGCUCACAGCUAUGCUGAUGAACCUGGAAAAGGCCUUCGUGACCUUCGAUGUUGUGGCUGCAAAGUCAUACUUUGGACUGAUGGUUCAAUUGGCUCAAGGAGAUUUGUCUUUAAAGCGACUACUGCAAAGCGUGGUGGAACUUGUGGGGAAGUUGCCUGUAAAUAGCUCAAAUGUGGAAGGCUUGAAGUCUAUAGUUGCCUUCCUUAUCUCUAUCUUAAGCGCUUGCGGUGCCAGCAAAAAUGAGUUGCUCACUGAGCGUGGGGGGAGUAAAGACAGUUUUGGUAAUUCCAGCUCAGGUGUACGAAUGAAGCCGUCAGUAUUUCAGAAAAACUCAGAGCAACUUCCGCCAACUGCUCUAGAGCCACGCGAGGAAGCUCCUGAUUGUGAUGCAAUGUCAGCCGAGGAUGACGACGACGCAACCUCGGAUGGCGAAAUUGCGAGUCUGGACCGUGACGAUGACGACAGUGGCAGCAGCAGUGAACGCGCGCUGGCUUCUCGUGUUUGCACAUUCACUUCCAGUGGUAGCAAUUUCAUGGAGCAGCAUUGGUAUUUCUGUUACACCUGCGACUUGACUGUCUCCAAGGGCUGCUGUUCUAUGUGUGCCAGGGUCUGUCAUAGAGGACACAAGGUUGUGUACUCUCGACUCAGCCGGUUCUUUUGUGACUGUGGGGCUGGAGGUGUCAGAGGCAGCAGUUGCCUCUGUUUGAAACCUCGGAAGUACGUUUCGUCUUCGAGCGCUAAUAUUUCAACAGGAACUGCCACAACAGAAAACUUUUUACCACUCAGCAGCCACAGAAGUCAGCUUCCUCUUUCGGACAGUGAUUCUGAUAUUGAAGAUGAGGAUCAUGUUCCUGAGGAAGAUUCUUUCAACAUCUCAGUUGUGGAAGGUGAAGAAAAGCACAUUUUGACUGUUCUGUCAGAGUUGAAUGUUGAAGGCCAGGUGCUAUCCUUGUGCAAAAGGUUGCUUGGUAAUUUAAAUUUAGAUCACAGGUUGGCCAGCCAGAAUGAAGAGAAAAUAUCGUUGUCCAAGGACAGAGCUUUGAAUUUUAAGACUGAUCUUCUCCAGCUCAGGAGAGCUUACAAGAGCGGAUCAUUGGACAUGAAAAUCAAGACAGAGUACCCUAACGCACGGGAACUUAAGUCUCAUUUGGCUAGCGGUCUACUCGUGAAGUCAUUACUCACGAUCAGCAGCCGAGGCAGGUUAGCGGCUGGAGAAGGUGAUAAAGUAACCAUCUUUGACGUUGGGCAACUUAUUGGCCAACUGACUACGAUUCCCGUUACCGUUGACAAGACAACAGUCAAGCCUUUAUCCAAGAAUAUGGUACGCUUUGAAGUGGUGCAGCUCGUAUUCAACAUUGCAAACGAAAGUAACUUGGCGGUUGCGGGGUAUGAAGACUGCCAAGUUUUUACUGUCAACCCUCGAGGAGAAGUAACCGAUCGUUUGGCCGUAGAGCUAGCUCUUCAAGAUGCAUACAUACGUCGAAUUUCCUGGGUUCCUGGUUCGCAAGUUGAAUUGAUGGUUGUUACUAAUAGGUUUGUUAAGAUAUAUGACCUCUCCCAGGAUAAAAUCAGUCCAACCCACUAUUUUACUGUUCUCGAGGACUCUAUAGCAGAUGCCUGUCUGGUUUCUACAGGUCAGCGACAGCUAAUUGCUCUUGUCCUUUCUCAGCAAGGCAUUUUAUACAGCCAGAGAGUUGCUGGUGGCAACGCUGGGGCCCGAAUUCUGACAGAAAACAUUCAAAUUCCUGGAGGUCACAAGUCUCUAAAGGGCGUGUCGUUGCAUUAUUCUGCUGCCUUGAAAUUACUUUUUUUGUCACACAGUGACAAUCGUACUUUAAUUGCUCGAAUGGAUCCUGAUUUUACCAGUCUUUCCGAGGUGGCUAGUGUAGUGGAAGUUCAAGAUGGUAAAAUCAGGGCUUCGGGAUUGCAUCAUUGGAAGGAGAUGUUCGAAGGCAAUGAUUUGUUUAUGUGCUUGUCAAGUCAAAGAUCCAAUACAGCAGUGGCUAUAAAACUUGGAGCUAGCGAGACUUACUCUCAGCUUUUAAGGAUAACUGGUAAUUCAUCAUCUCUACGUAUUGAUGGUGUUGCAUCAUAUCGGUCCAUGAGCAAAGAAAGAAACAGUGUGUUGGUGCUUCACGAUGACGGAAGCUUGCAAGUGUUUUCUUACGUAUCAGUGGUGCCCGAGGCUAGUAAUGGUCUAAGUGGUGGUGAUAGCCAGAAACAACCUGGAAGCUUGGAAGCCGAGCAAGUGAAGAAGCUUGGAGCUGCCCUUUUAGGCAGUCGAGCAAAUCUUUGUGGUUCUGUCCCUGUAUUUCCGUUGGACUUUUUUGAAAGAACUACGUGUAUUACAGCAGAUGUAAAGCUGGGAGGGGACAUUCUUCGGAAUAGUGAUUCAGAAGGUGCGAAGUUGUGCCUGCAAGCUGAAGAAGGAUUUUUAGAAGCUCCCAGUGUAUCUGGGUUUAAGAUUCUUGUGUUCAAUUCCAACCCGGACCUUGUGAUGGUAGGUUGUCGAGUGCAUGUUGGAAACACCUCUGCAAGCCAUAUUCCAUCAGAACUCUGUGUUUUUCAAAGAUCCAUAAAGCUUGAGGAAGGCGUUCGUUGCUGGUAUGAUAUUCCGUUCACUGAUUCGGAAGCAUUGCUGGCUGACGAAGAGUUCACUAUUUUUAUCGGGCCCACUUUUAGUGGAUCUUCUCUUCCGAGAAUAGACUACCUAGAGAUUUACGGCCGUUCUAAAGAGGACUUUGGAUGGAAGGAGAAGUUAGACGCUGUUUUGGACUCAGAACCUGCAGGGCAUGCAGGGACAAACCUCACCCAGUCUGGCUUAAGCAGAACUAAACACAAGUUGGCGCAGAACGCGUCUCCAUUGGAACAAUUGUUUUCAGACAGUCUGCUGCUCCUUCAGAGUUAUUAUUUGGCAUGUCGGGCCCAGUUUAUGGCAGAAUCCACACCCAAUAGACUAGAAGAAAGUCGGAAACAUUGUAUGCCAGUUCUGGAAGUUGUUUUCGAAAAUGACAGACAACCACUGCCACAGUCAUCAGCUAGGCAUGUUCUACGAGCUUUAUAUCCUGCGAAGGAUGCUUACAAUCAGGCUAAGGAUUAUAUGCGUUUGUCUGCGGUUACUCGAAGUUGCCCAUUUUUAAUAUCAAGAUUAGCUGUUGGAGGAUCUGCGACAUCGUGGGCUGUUCAGGAGUUCUCAGCUCAAAUGCGUGCUGUGUGUAAAAUCGCAGUGCAUCGUCAGUCUAAUUUGGCCAGUUUUCUGACCCAGCACGGAGCCUCAGUUGUGGAAGAUCUUGUGAAAGUGCUUUGGGAAAUAUUGUCAAGAGAGCAGCUUGACGCUCAAUCGAUUAAUAAUCUUGUGAUACCCAUGGUGGAUAUCAUUUAUGGAUAUGCGGAGUGUCUUUCGUUGCAGCAGGCUCAUGAUGUUGGGGAUCCUCAACGGGCUUUAGCCCCAGCAGUCUCUCUCCUUAGGAAACUGCUAUUUGCACCUUAUGAACCUGUGCGAACAUCUUGCAGCUUGGCUAUGUCGGCAAGAUUGUUGCAGGUCCCACUCCCGAAACAGACAAUGCUGGCUAUGGAUGAUGUAGCUGAAAAUCAGAGGACACCGGCCAUCACUCCAGAAGUUGGAAGUGGCAAUGCCGGUGCUGCACAGGGUAUGAUGGAUGAGGACACCAAUACUGCCUCUGUUCAGUAUUGUUGUGAUGGAUGUUCCACUGUUCCCAUAUUGAGAAGACGCUGGCACUGCAACGUGUGCCCCGACUUUGACCUUUGUGAGAGUUGUUAUGAGGUCAUGGAUGCUGACCAGCUUCCUCCACCUCACAGCAGGGAACAUUCCAUGUCGGCCAUUGCUAUUGAGGUGGACUUAGCUGGUGGGGAAGGAAAUGAAUUGCAAUUUUCCUCGAUAGAUGAAAUGAGUGAUGAGAGCUUGCUUCAGAUGGCUACGGAACUCAGUUUACAGGCAAGUGCUGUACCGCCCAUAGAAUCACAUGACAGCCGCGAUGUGAUUGAAUCGGUGAUAAUUGAGGAGCCGAAGAGUGUGGAGAUUUCAGCGUCCAAAAGCGCCGUGAAUUUAUUGAUUUUGCAGCAGCUCAUUACUGAUAUUAAAGGAUGGAUGCACUUGCACUCUGGUGCACAAGCAGUACCUGUUAUGCAGUUGUUUUAUAGGUUGGCUUCUGCUCCAUCAGGUCCACUGGUUGACAGAUCACCUAACGGAGGAUAUUUAGACUUGGAGCAGUUUGUCAAGCUAAUGCUGCAGGAAUUGGAUCUUAGCAGGGCUCUGCAAGUGAAAACUCGGUCAAACCUGGGAGAAGUUUGCAUUCUCGUUUUUAUGUUCUUUACGUUUGUUUUGCGUAAUUGGCAUCAACCAGGUUCUGAACAAUCUCAAACAAGGCCAAGCACAGCUAGCACAGGUCCGACUGCGUCCGCUAGCAGCCCUUUAUCUGCAUCACGACCUAAUGAAACUCAAGUUGGACCUGAGGGGAGCUCUCAACUUGUGAAAGCUUGUGCAGCAUUACGACAGCAGCCUUUACUCACUUACUUGCACAACAUAAUACAGCAGUUGAUGCAGUUGUUCAAGGCUUCUUCGAGAGGUGCUGAUGUGAUUCCGCCUAGCACAACCACCGCAGCUUGUGGGGCACUUUUGACAGUAAGACGGGAGUUUGCUUCAGGGAGCUUCACACCGUUUUUCUCGGAUUCAUAUGCCAAGGCUCACAGAGGGGAUUUGUUCGGUGACUACCACCGACUGCUAGUGGAGAGUGCUUUUAAGCUGACUUACAGUCUUGUGCACCCCGAGAAGCCUGAAAAGGUGGGAGACAAAGAUCAGCCAGUGUACAGGAGUUCAAAUAGCCUGGACUUGAAACUGGAUGGUUGGCAAGACGUUUUAUGCAGCUACAUGAACAAUCCGCAUACCACCUUCAUUAGGAAAUAUGCCAGGAGACUCUUGCUGCAUGUAUGUGGUACAAAAGGCCAUUAUUACAAUGUCAGGGAUGCAUGGCAGCUUAGCCGAGAAGUGAAGAGAUUGUACAAGCUUGCUCAAAAGACAGAUGGAUUUCAAGCACCUCUACCAUAUGAAAUGAGCGUCAAAUUGGUGAAAUGCUUGUCCGUUAUUGUUGAAGUUGCACAGGCGAGGCCGCGGAACUGGCAGAAGCAUUGCUCUAGACAUAUUGAUGUGGUUUUGUUUCUCUUGAAGGGCGCAUUCUCGUUUGGAGAAGAGUCAGUGGUACAAACCAUGAAGCUGUUAAUGCUCCUUUUCUACUCAGGUAAAGAAGGAGGCAGUUCAGGAAAGGGAUCCUCUGAACAAGCUGAAGCUAGUGGUUGCAAUUCGUCUGGUCCAACUCGGUCUGGGACUCCUACAUUAGAGGCAAAGAAAAAGAAGCGGAGUAGUGUUGAUGAAACAAAUGGUUAUGAUAAAGUUCCCAUGGAUAUGGACAUGGCAGUUGAGCAGUUCGCUCUGGAAGACGGGAAGAUUUUGAAGAACUUCAUUGACAUGUUCUUAUUAGAGUGGAAUGCUACGUCUGUUCGGUUUGAAGCCAAGGCUGUGCUGCAUGGUACAUGGAAUCAUGGGAAGCAGCCCUUCCGGGUUCUUUUACUUACAUGUUUGCUCGACAAAAUUCCUGUCCUACCAUCUUAUGGGCACAAUAUAGUGGAGUACACUGACUUAUUAACCUGGUUACUUGCGAAAGGUGAUAAAGGGAAUGAUGGAAAGUCUAAUUCCGAGGAAGCAAGUACUGUUCGAAGCUGCUUGACUGGAGAUGUGGUGAAGCGCAUAUUUGGAGCUUUAUGUGCUGAGAAUGAGCUUCUUGCGAACCAUCCGAAUUCCCGUAUUUAUAACACACUUACAAGCCUUGUGGAGUUUGACGGUUAUUAUUUGGAGAGUGAGCCUUGUUUGGCAUGUAGCAGUCCAGAAGUGCCGUAUACGCGCAUGAAAUUGGAUAACAUCAAGGCAGAAACGAAGUUUACAGAUAACCGAAUAUUGGUGAAGUGUGUUGGGAGUCAUACUAUUCAGAGUGUGAUAAUGAACGUACAUGAUGCACGUCGCUCGAAGUCGGUCAAGAUUCUGAAUCUUUAUUAUAACAACCGGGCCGUUGCCGAUCUUUCAGAGCUUAAAAAUAAUUGGUCAUUGUGGAAGCGGGCCCGGAGCUGUCACCUUGCUUUCAAUCAGACUGAAUUGAAAGUGGAGUUUUCAAUCCCCAUAACAGCCUGCAACUUUAUGAUUGAGCUUGACACAUUUUACGAGAAUCUUCAAGCAGCAUCGUUGGAAUCACUUCAGUGCCCUCGCUGCAGCCGCUAUGUUACUGAUAAGCAUGGCAUAUGUGGAAAUUGCCAUGAAAACGCUUAUCAAUGUCGACAAUGCCGCAACAUCAACUAUGAAAACCUGAAUUCCUUUCUUUGCAAUGAAUGUGGGUACAGCAAGUAUGGACGCUUCGAGUUUAAUUUUAUGGCAAAACCCAGCUUCACGUUCGACCCAAUGGAAAAUGACGAUGACAUGAAAAAGGGAUUGUCAGCUAUUGAAUCGGAAUCAGAGAAUGCUCACAGGAAGUAUCAACAACUCAUUAGUUUCAAGAAGCCCUUGUUAAAGCUUGUGUCAAGCAUUGGUGAAACUGAGACCGACUCUCAACAGAAGGACUCUGUUCAACAAAUGAUGGUGUCUUUGCCUGGGUCGUCUUCUUUCAAGAUCAACAGAAAGAUUGCCAUUCUCGGGGUUUUGUAUGCCGAAAAGUGCAAAACGGCGUUUGAUUCUGUGAGCAGAAGUGUGCAGACCCUGCAAGGCUUACGUCGUGUACUGAUGGCUUAUUUAGAACGGAAGAGGUCAUCUGGUUCUAGUGCAUUACCUAUGGCCCCACGUCCAACUAAUAAGUGCUUCGGUUGUGCGAACACAUUCGUUUGCCAAUGCCUCGAAUGGUUACAGGUUCUCUCUAAGCAGGCUAACGUUCGAGAACAGUUGGUCGGUGCUGGCAUUCUAAGGGAGCUUUUUGAAAAUAACAUUCAUCAGGGUCCGAAAGCAGCUCGCGUUCAGGCUCGAGCAGUUCUUUGUGCCUUCACUGAGGGUGACUCUGCAGCUGUUCAGGAGCUCAACCAUCUAAUCAAGGAGAAAACAUUGUACUGCUUGGACCAUCAUCGCUCCAUGGACAUUUCUUCGUGUGUUCGGGAUGAGCUUCAGUUGCUCUCUGAGACAUGCUCGUUGAGUGAUGAAUUUUGGGAAGCUCGUUUGCGGGUUGUGUUCCAGAUUUUGUUUCGAUCUAUUCAGGUUGGAGCACGCCAUCCAAUGAUUGCAGAGCACAUCAUCCUUCCAUGCUUGCGCAUUGUGGUUCAAGCAUGUACACCACCAAAACCAGACAGCAAUUCAGAAAAUGACGCUGCUUUGGCUGUUCCGUCAGUCCCUCAAACAAGUUCAUCAGAAGAUUUUUUGAAAUUUGGUUAUUCCGGGUCCAAUGGGACCAGAAAAUCGAAUCCAUCUGCUCUCCUUGAGAAAGAGUCAAACCAAGAAUCAGAUAGCCAAGACACGCCUUUAAUAAACUACUCAGAGUGGAGAAACGGUACAACAUAUCUGGACUUUGUUAGAAGACAAUUUAUUGGCUCUCGGACUCUCAAAAGCGCUGUGCAACAGAAGUCUCGUAAGGACCCAAAGCACGCGGAUUAUCUUGCGCUUAAGUACACACUUCUAUGGCGGCGGAAGGCGUGCAAAGUGUCUGUUACGGAUGAGUUGGCAGCAUUUGAAGAGAGCUCUUGGGUGCAAGAGCUUGUUCUUAGUGCAUGCUCUCAGGCCUUGCGGUUGGAAAUGUGUGGACUUAUUGAGGUUUUAUGUUCCCAGAGCCCAGUGCGACGAUCACGGUUUCUGAACUUGCUUAUGAACCUCUUACCAGCGACCCGUGCUGCUGGAGAGAGUGCAGCUGAUUAUUUUGAACUUUUGUUCAAGAUGGUAGAACCUGAAGACUCUCGCUUAUACCUUACUGUGCGUGGGUUCCUGCACACUACUUGUGCUUUGAUCACUGACGAAGUAAGUAGAAUUGAGGCUCAAGAAAGGAGCUCGCUCACAGAUAUUUCGCAAGGAUACAUCCUUAACAAGCUCAUUGAACUUCUGAGCAAGUUCCUGCAGCUGCCCAAUAUCCGAGCAAAGUUUAUGAAGGAGGAGUUGCUCGCCCAACUAUUGGAAGCACUUUUGGCAAUCAGGGGCUUAAUAGUGCAGAAGACCAAGCUUAUUGGUGACUGUGGGCGGCUUUUGCGAGAGCUGCUCGACAGCCUCCUUCAAGAAAGCUACGAAAACAAGCGUCAUUUUAUCCGUGCCUGUAUCUCUGGCCUCAGCCGGGACAGGAAUGGCCGCUCUCCAGUGUUUAUUCUUGAGCAACUAUGCAAUAUUAUCUGCCCUACAAAACCUGAACCAGCCUACAUGAUGGUUCUCAAUAAGGCGCACACCCAAGAGGAAUUCAUUCGUGGUUCCAUGACCAAGAAUCCAUACUCCAGCCUCGAGAUCGGUCCUCUUAUGCGUGACGUAAAGAACAAAAUUUGUCGUCAACUGGAGCUUAUUGGCCUUAUUGAGGAUGAUUAUGGUAUGGAGCUUCUGGUUGCUGGGAACAUCAUUCCCCUGGAUCUGAGCGUAGCGCAGGUAUAUGAGCAGGUGUGGAAAAGAGCUCACAAUCAAGCAGGGAGCUCUACUGUUGGUACAAGUUUGCUGAGUGCGGCUGCAGCUCUUGGAGGAGAGUGUCCACCAAUGACUGUUACUUAUCGACUACAGGGAUUAGACGGAGAAGCUACAGAACCGAUGAUCAAAGAACUGGAGGAUGAUCGUGAAGAAGUCCAAGACCCAGAAGUUGAGUUUGCGAUUGCUGGAGUGAUGCAAGAGUGUGGAGGUCUCGAAAUCGUAGUCAGUAUGGUUCAGCAACUAAGUGACUCUGAUAUGAAAUCUGGCCAAGAGGAGCUUACACUCGUGCUGAAGUUGCUUAUGUAUUGUUGCAAGAUUCGUGCUAACCGGCAAGCUCUUCUUCGUUUUGGAGCAUUAGCUGUGCUUUUAGAAACAGCCCGGCGAGCGUUUACAACAGAUGCAGUUGAACCAGCUGAAGGACUCUUGCUCAUAGUUGAGAGUUUAGUGUCUGAAGCCAAUGAAACUGAUGUGAAUGCGGGGGUGAGUACGGAAGGCCAAGCUGCUGCUGCUGUGGAAAUGUUUUUGGAUCGUUUGACCCGCUCCACAGGAGCUAAGCAGCAACGGAAUAAUGAUACAGUCGCCCGAAUUCUCCCCUUUCUGACUUAUGGGGACCAGACUGCUAUGGAGGUUCUCGUGAACCACUUUUUACCGUACCUCCAGGAUUGGGAUGCCUAUGAUGAUUUGCAGAAAUUGCACUGUGAGAAUGUCAAGGACGAGGGUAUUAAGCAGAAAGCAACUGAGCAUCAGCGCGCACUCGAAAAUUUUGUUCGAGUCACAGAAUCCAUCAAGCUUAACAGCAAUGGGGAAAGACUCAAGAGCCUUGUUUUUUAUAAAGGAAUUAUUGCAGCUGCUAUUCAAUAUUUGAAGCGAGCCUUUCCUGUUCAAGAAAAUGGUUUGAAUCAAAAGGCGAGACCAGAAUGGGUGCAGGCUCUUGAAAUGCCAUCUGUUCCCAUCAUUUUAUCAAUGUUGAGAGGGCUGUCUAGAGGUCACUUGGCGAUUCAACAGUACUUAGAUAAUGAAGGGAUUUUACCUCUUCUGCAUGGACUUGAAGGGGUUUCGGGAGAGAACGAAAUAGGUGCCAGAGCUGAAAACUUGUUGGAUACGCUUGCGGACAAAGAAGGAAAUAAUGAAGGAUUUUUACUAGAGAAGAUUCUACAUCUCCGGAACUCUACUCGCGAUGAGAUGAGACGACGUGCUCUACGCCGACGGGAAGAGCUGCUUGAGGGCUUAGGCAUGCGGCGUGAGGUGCGAUCUGACGGUGGAGAGCGCAUAGUGGUCUCGAAACCACAUAUUGAAGGCAUGGAUGAGGUGGAAGAGGAAGAAGCAGGGUUAGCAUGCAUGGUUUGUAGGGAAGGUUAUCUAUUGCGCCCAACAGACAUGCUGGGAACUUACUGCUACAGCAAGCGUGUGAAUGUAGGGCUGGGUGUUAGCAACCAUAAGCGCAGUGAGUGGGUAUACACAACCGUGAGCCACUUCAACGUUAUUCACUUUCAGUGCCACCAGGAGGCCAAGCGAGCAGAUGCAUCCUUGAAAAAUCCCAAGAAAGAGUGGGAGGGCGCAACAUUGCGCAAUAGUGAGACCCUUUGUAACAACAUUUUUCCUCUCAGGGGUCCUUCCGUACCUCUGGCGCAGUACGCUCGCUGCGUAGAUCAUUAUUGGGAUAGUCUGAACGCUCUGGGUCGUGCAGACGGUAGUCGCUUACGGCUGCUUAUGUUUGAUAUUGUUAUGAUGCUGGGUCGAUUUGCUACCAACAUGUCCUUCAGCGUGGACAGUAAGGGUGGAGGACGCGAAAGCAACUCCCGUUUGUUGCCUUUCAUGAUCCAAAUGGCACGACACUUGCUGGACCAAGGAGGAGCCAGCCAACGUCGUAUUCAGGCUAAAUCUUUGGCUACAUUUCUGUCUCCUACUUCAUCAUCUGAGCCUGUAGAAGGGGGUUCAGGAUUGAAACCCAGCACUCCGACUACACCACAGCGAGGGUCAAGUUCAGAGGAAAGUGUCCAGUUUAUGAUGGUGCAGUCCCUUUUACUGCAAUCCCUGGAAGAGUGGCAGCGAUAUCGCCGAACUUUUAUCCAGCGUGGAUUGGCUCAUGCUUACUUACAGUACAAGCAAGGGCGAUCUCUACUCCCUGCCUCCCCUUUACUUUCACCUCUGUCUGCGCUUGAUUCUUCACCUUUUCAUUCACCUACAAUAGAACCUAAGACACCAGGUCCUAGUCAACAGGACAAUAGUCAGAAUGGGGCGUUGAGUCCCGAACAACUUUUCAGUAUAGCUCACCCCAUGCUUGUGUAUGUUGGUUUAGUAGAUCAAUUACAGCACUUUUUAAAAAGCGGGACUAAAAAAUCCCGAGAGUUGGAGGUAGAUGCAGCUGAAAGUACCAAAGAAGAAACUACAGUUAGCCAGUUAGGUAUGGAGCCUUGGGAAGUGAUCAUGAAAGAGAGAGUUCGGGACGUGAGUGCCAUGCUUGGAUUUUCGAAGGAAAUUUUGGAGUGGCUUGAAGAUGUGCAAGGCGCGGACGAUGUACAAGAAGCACUUGACAUCAUGGGUGCUUUACCCGACGCUUUGACAGGGGGUUGCACAUCCUGUGACGAUUUUGUACGGGACGCUGUUUCUGGAAGAUAACGACACGCUUACUCCCAUCACUUCAUCUGGUGUAUAGAGUGCUUUCUUAUCUCUGGUCCUUGCCACUGCUAGGCCAGGGGAGGAUGGUAUGUUUGUUUUGUUAUUGAGCAUGUAGGAUACAGCCAUGAUUAUGUAACUCCUCGUUUGUAAUAUAUGUUUGGGUGGACUAUUAUUCAACUCA